AUGGAUUUGGCAUUCAAAGAGUCAUUCCGUGUCAUCUUCUCCAUCAAUGUCUUCAUCAAUUUGGCUUGUGUCAAGCCCAAAUUCGUCGUACAGCACCGUCCUUUCGUGAGCCCAUCGCAGUAAGCUGUCCGCCUGUAAAGCGUGGGUUUUAAUAGCAAUUUCUUUAUCAAUAAGUAUUGUGAAUGAAUAUCCCCCAUACUAAUACCUGUUCUAUUUUGAUGAAACUUGGUUAAGUUAGAAAAAUCAGAUUUUGAUGAAACUUGGUUAAGUUAGAAAAUUAACUGAAAUGGAAAGCAAAUCAUUGAAACAAGAUGGGUACUACAAUCUUCACAAUUAGGAUACUCGCACUAAAAAUAUUUUCGUUUAAUCGGAUAGAAUUCCAUUUUUUGCAGGUAUAUCAAACUGACGUUCAUUUUUCAAAACCUUUACCCAGUCUUGUCUUAUAAGGAAAAAUUACAAACGGUGAGAGGGCCUUUUUCUACAAUUACAGAUAAUAAUUUAAUGGAUCAAGCAUUUUUGAAAAAGAGGGAGGCAGAAAUAUGCAAAAAAUCAAUAAAAUUAAGCCCAAAAGUUGAAGUCAUUCACACCAACGUUUCGAAAAAACUAUUGGUCCCUGAAUUAUAAGAGAAGUUUCUACACAUUGACAAGAGUCUUGUCUACAAUUGCAGAAGACGAUUUCGUCGGUACAAGGCGUUUAAAAAAAGGUCUAGGGAGAAAUACGUAAAAAUCAUCAAAAUUUUGGCCAAAAGUAGACGUCAUUGUCGCCAACGUUUCGAAAAAACUAUUGGUCCCUGAAUUAUAAGGCAAGUUCCUACACAUUGACAAGCCUCUUGUCUACAAUUACAGAGGACGAUUUUGUCAAUAAAAAACGUUUGAAAAAAGAUAUAGGCAGAUAUAUGCAAAAAUCAUCAAAAUUUAGCCCAAAAUUGACGUCAUUGUCGCCAACGUUUCUCAAAGGAGGCAUAUCAUUGAGGUCUAACUAGACCUAAAAACGUUCAACAACACAUGUAUCUUGAAUUACAGAGAACGAUAUUUGGAGCAACUGUCUUACUUUUACCACUACAUGCCAAAAAGGGGUCCAAAAAUGGGUACAAAAACAGGCUCAAAACAAGGCAAAACCUUAUAUUUAGCAAAACUCGAAGAUCGACAACGAUAGAAACUUGGUGCUUGGUAUAUCAGGUCUACGUGAAAAUAAUAUUUUGUGCCUACAAUAUUAGAGCCCUGAGGCUAUUAUUACGAAAUUUGAUAUUCUUUCGUAUAACAUGUCGCCGGCGAAUUCAAAAUCGCGGGCGCAGCUCGGGAGACCAUCUCAACCGUGGCUUGGACCGAACGGGAGUACUCCUAAUGGACACUGGAACGUCUGUGGAAGCUGACAACCACCGAGAGGAACCUUCUUCAUCCCCGGAACAGGUCGAUACUCAUGAGGAUAAUGAAAAAGACCAAUCGGACGCCCAGAAUGGUCAGACGAGCGGAAUGUCCAAGAAUCAACUAAAGAAGAUGAAGAAACUCGAACGUAAACUUGAACGGAGAAAGGAAUUGAGGAUCUUGGAGAAACAGCGGAAGAAGGAGAAGAGGAAAGCUCUGAAGGACCAGGGUCUUGGGGAAAGUUUGAAGAAAAGGAAGUACACAAGCAUGGAACAAUCGACGUGCAAGCAACGGAUUGUCGUGGACAUGGCUUACGAACAUGUAAGUUAUUUUCUGUUUUUCUUUCUCAGUUUUUAGAAUUAGAGAUGUUGCCUGAAGGUCAAUUUGAUACCUAUUUCAGUUGAUGAAUCCCAAUCUUAUCCGUAACACAAUAGCACAACUCACAUUUUGUUACAGUGCGAACCGAAGGAUCCCGAAUCCAUCACAAUACCAUAUUACUGGAGUUUCUGGGGAAACAAGGAAGCUUUUCGAUGAACUUGAGGGAAGUAAGGGAUGGGAUGUCCAUGUUCACGAAGAACCUCUCGAAAAGACGUUUGAUUCUUCAGAGAUAGUCUACCUAACUUCGGAUUCUGAUAACACAUUAGAACAGCUAAAUGAAAACGAUGUGUAUGUGAUUGGAGGCUUAUUGGAUCACAACAGAUAUCCCGAGGCCAGCUUGAAGAGAGCCGAAGCCAAUAAUUGGAGGCAUGCCAAACUCCCAAUUGGGGAGUUUGUCAAGAUGAACAGUCGAAAAGUAAGGCGAAUAUUACAGAGUAGUAUUUUUUAUGCUUUAUUCAUCAACAAUAUAUCUGUUUACAGGUUUUAACAAUCAACCAAGUAUUCGAAAUAUUACUCCAAUUUAUGGAGCAUAACAAUUGGGAAGACGCAUUCUUCAAGGUGAUACCAAAACGGAAAGGAGCUCAGAAAAUCAACGAAGACACUGAGUCGGCUGAAAAGGAUGAUAGUGAAGAAAACAGUCAGUCUAAUAACGCAGAAGACCCCAAACACGAGGAAACCAAUGAAGCUGACCAUGAGUAA